AUGAGAUCUAGUGGUACAGUUUUGGUCUAUAAAUAAAUGUGGGAGUAGUGUGGCCAACUACCACAUCAUCAGUAGAAACAAGUAGAUCAAGAAUUCAUUCUUAGAUCAUGGCUGAGACCACACCCAAUCACACACAAACAGUUUCUGGAUGGGCUGCUCAUGAUUCUUCUGGCAACAUAACCCCCUACACUUUCAAAAGAAGAGACAACGGUGUUAAUGACGUGAGCAUAGAAAUCUUGUACUGCGGGAUUUGCCACACGGACAUUCACUACGUUAAAAAUGAAUGGGGAAUCACUAGGUACCCGGUUGUUCCGGGGCACGAGAUCGUUGGGGUGGUAAGCAAGGUGGGGAGGGAAGUGAAGGGAUUCAAAGAAGGAGACAGAGUAGGAGUGGGGUGUUUGGCAGCAACAUGCUUGGAAUGUGAGUAUUGCAAGACCGAUCAGGAGAACUACUGCGAGAAACUUGAGUUCACUUACAAUGGAGUUUUCUGGGAUGGUAGCAUCACUUAUGGUGGCUACUCAAAAAUGCUGGUCGCUUUUUUUAGAUACGUGGUACAUGUGCCGGAGAAUCUGCCAAUGGACGCAACGGCACCACUGCUGUGUGCUGGAGUGACGGUGUUCAGUCCCUUGAAAGACCACGGUUUGGUUGAAUCGCGAGGGAAAAGCAUUGGCAUUGUGGGCUUGGGUGGUCUUGGACACGUGGCUGUCAAGUUUGCCAAGGCCUUUGGACACCAUGUCACUGUCAUAAGCACUUCUCCUUCCAAAGAGGCGGAGGCUAAGGAGCGUUUGGGUGCCGACCAUUUCAUAGUCAGCUCCAACCCCAAGCAAAUGCAGGGUGCCAAGAGAACCCUUGAUUUCAUUUUGGACACUGUUUCAGCUGAGCACUCUCUUUUGCCCAUUUUGGAAUUGCUCAAAGUUAAUGGCACUUUGUUUAUUGUGGGUGCACCCGACAAGCCAUUCCAAUUGCCCGCAUUCCCAUUGAUAUUUGGGAAGAGAUCAAUCAAAGGUGGGAUCAUAGGAGGAAUAAAAGAAACCCAGGAAAUGUUGGACGUUUGUGGGAAGCACAACAUCACAUGUGACAUUGAAUUAAUCACUCCAGACAGAAUCAACGAAGCUCUUCAACGUCUUGCUAACAAUGAUGUCCGCUACCGUUUUGUCAUUGACAUCGCUGCUGCCACCUCUAAUAACUAAUAUGAUUCCUUAGCUUCUGCUAUUUUUACUCUUCCUUAGAUUGUUUCAGUAUUAAUUCCAUAAUUAUUCAACAAGUCAUAAUAAUAUUGGUUUUGUACCAUGAAUAUAUUCA